CUAGGCCGGUUCGAUUUGCACCUUCCAGAAGACGAAAGAAUCAUAAUUUAACUUCCGGUUUCUCUUGUUAAAUCGAACAGUCAUCUUCUGAAUCAAUAUGUCGUCGAAACGAACUUUACUUAGCGCUGCAAUAAUUAUUGUUACUGAAGAUGAAGAUUUCGACAUUCCAGAUGAGGAUUUUUCAUUUGUUACACUGUAUGCAGCUUGCAAUACUAUACAGGAGCGAAGAAAACGAUAUAAAGUGGAACACUUUGUACAAGAUGUUGUUUCAAGAUAUUCCCUCGACACUUUCAAGACCUUCUUUCGUGUUUCCAAAGAUACAUUUGAAGCUAUUUUGGAAAAUAUUCAGCAUAUUCCAGAACUACUACCAAGAGAACCAGCAGCUGGAAGACCUCAAAUUUCCCAUGAAAAAGAUUUAUUGAUGAUGCUAUGGUAUUUAGGAUCACAAGAAACAAUAAGGUCUAUUGCAGAUCGAUUCAAUGUUUCCGAGUCUACAUUCCAUUCCCACAACAGAAGGAUGUUAGAUGUUUUUCAAAAAUACUUUCUUCAAAAGUUUGUGAUUUGGCCAGAUGAUGUGCAGACUGUAAAUGAUGGAUUUGAGCUGAAAAAGAACUUCCCUGGUGUGAUUGGAGCAAUAGAUUCAACACAUAUACGUAUAAAAACCCCUAGUGGACACUCAAAUGAUUAUUUCAAUAGGAAAAAGUUUCAUUCAGUUAUUCUCCAAGCAGUGUGCAGAGAAGAUAAACGAUUCACAGACCUAUUCUGUGGAUGGCCGGGCCGAGUGCAUGAUGCUCGUGUUUUUCAAAACUCUCCAUUGAGGCAAAGAGGCCCUAUUCUUUGUCGUCAGUGCCAUCUACUAGGUGAUGGGGCAUAUCCUUGCAAGCGGUGGCUGAUUACUCCAUACCGAAAUAGAGGCAAUCUUACUAGGGAUCAGAUUAAGUUCAAUCAAAUUUUAUCAAGCACCAGAGUAAUCAUUGAAAAUUCAUUCGGAUUGUUAAAAGGUAGAUUUCGGAGACUACAAUUUGUUGAAAUGAAUGACAUUUCUUAUAUUGUCAAGGCUAUCGUUACAGCUUGCAUUCUACAGAACAUUUGUAUCCUAAACCAAGAUGAACUUGACGAGCAUUUUGACAAUGACCCUCAACAGGUUCCAUUAAUUCAUCCAUUGUGUGAAAAUGAUGCAAAAGGUCAAUUAAAGAGACAAUUACUAACACGGCAAUUGGCCAAUAUUUAA